AUAAAAAUCACAAAGCCCCUUUUAUUACAAUUCAAGAAAGGCCUCCACCCUAUCUUCUUCCUUGUUCUUCUCGCUCCUCUGGGUGUGUGUGUGUGUGAAGCAAUGGCCCUUCAAUUGUGGGAGACCUUAAAAGAAUCAAUCACAGCAUAUACAGGGCUGUCUCCGGCAACUUUCUUCACAGUUCUUGCUUUAGGCCUUACCCUUUACUAUGUUGUAUCGAGUUUGUUCGGGUCCUCCGAUGAUGCCCAUAUUCAGCAGAGUUCCAGGGGUUUUGAGCAACAGAUGGAGCCUCUGCCUCCUCCAGUUCAGCUUGGUGAAAUUACUGCUGAGGAGUUGAAACAGUAUGAUGGCUCUGAUCCAAAGAAGCCUUUGCUUAUGGCUAUCAAGAGUCAGAUCUAUGAUGUCUCACAGAGCAGGAUGUUUUACGGGCCCGGUGGACCUUAUGCCUUGUUUGCUGGAAAGGAUGCCAGCAGAGCUCUUGCGAAGAUGUCUUUUGAAGAAAAAGAUCUGAACGGCGACCUUACUGGGCUGGGUGUGUUUGAGCUGGAAGCUUUGCAAGAUUGGGAGUACAAAUUCAUGAGCAAAUAUGUGAAGGUGGGAACAGUCAAGACAACUGUGCCAGUAACUGAUGGUGCUGCCGAAGGCCAAGCAUCAGCUGCUGCUGAAAGUGAAGCUGCUAAGCCUGAAGAAGCUGCUGACGACACCGUUGCAAAGCCAGCAGAAGAUGGCCCAUCAGAAAGCGCUGCAAAGGAAACCGUUGAACCCGCACCUGCCGAUGAUGCCGAGAAAAAGGAGUGAAACUUCAUAAACGUUUUAACUGCAAAAUUUGGCUGAGCCAUUGAUUGCCUGCUUUAUCUUGUUUAAUGUUGAGAGGUCUAUGGCUUUUAAGAUGGCCCUUACAUAUGGAAACUUGGUUUGAACAUGUAGUUGUAGUAUAUUAAACAACAAUAAUGACUUUGAAGCUUAUGAAGGUGGGAUUUGUAAUAGAGAUUCUUGAUUUCUCUC